AUGGUCUUGGUUGAUCUAGAGGGUGAUAGGAUACAAGCAACUGUUGAAAGGUUUUUCGCUAAAUCUUUUCGUAAAGAUUUGGUCGAGGGGAGAUCGGUGCUUAUCAAUACUUUUAAGGUUGUUGAGUAUAAUUCUGAGUAUCAAACUACACGAACGCCUUUCAAGAUAGUGUUCUAUGCAACUACAACUGUCUCUGUAUGCUUGAAUUUUCUUCAAGAGGUUCCUGAGAAAUAUAUGAAAAGUUUUCCAGAUAUUUUAUCAAAUGAUUUGGACAAUGGCUACUUGAUCGACGUGGUCGGACAAAUCGUAAGAGUUGGUCAUGUUGAGGACGUUAUGGCUCAAGGAAAACGUCGUUCUAGACUUAAGAUUUAUCUUAGGGAUGAGAGCGAUCUACAAUUACCAUGUACUCUUUGGGCUGAUUACGCAAAAGAAGUUGCUGAUUAUGUUAAACGUAAUUGUGUAUCCGUCGUUGUGGUUAUUAUAAGGCUUGCGUGUAUCGAAAACUAUCGAGGUGAGAUGAGCGUUUCAAAUGCUUUUAAUACAACUCAGAUUUUGUUUGAUCCAGUUUGUCCUCUUGUGGCGAAAUUCCGAUCUGAGUUGCCUCAAGAUAAGUAUAUUCUCAUUCCUAACGAAGAUGAUUCGAGUGUAGAUUCUAAAGAUUCAUUAGACAAUGAAUUUUUGGGAACUAAUAUUAGGCGAAAGUUAAGUUCUAUACAUUCGAUCGAUACGGUUGGUAAGUAUGUGACAUUGGCGACUAUACACUCGGUUGCCAAUAGUAAUUCGUGGUAUUACAUAGCAUGCAAGAAGUGUGAAAAAAGUUUCUUUCUGUUGUUGAACGUGGACGAUGGUUUUGGAGGGACGGCAGUCUUUGUCGUGUUUGACAAAAUUGCUCAAAAAUUGUUUAAGAAGACUGCCGAGGAAGUUUUCGAAGAGUCUGUUGGGGAUAAUUCAUCUGGACUGCCUCAAUCACUGCGUGAUCUAGAAGGAAAAGAGUUCCUUUUUAAGGUUGUUGUAACUGAAGAUAAUGUCAAAAAGGUUAAGAAUUCGUUUUCGGUUGACCGGUUUACAUCUGAUGACUACAUGAUUCAGACGUUCUGUAGUCAGGUCUAUUCUGAGCCUCCGUUUUUGGAAACCUUCGUCGAUGAAGAUAGAGGAUCACAUGUUGAGAAAACUCUGCCUGCCUGUUCUAAAAGUGAUUGUGAUGAUCCUCAUGUCAGUGUCGAUGUAAAUGCAGAAGACUCUAUCGAGAAGAUUGUACCUGCAUCUUCUAAAAGUGAUUGUGAUGCUCCUAAUGACAUUGUUAAACUAAAUACAAAUGUCACACUCGAGAUGACAGCUCCUGUGGGUUCUAAAAGAGAUUGUGACGAUCCUGACGUCAUUCCUACUCCUGUCAAAACAUCUGGAUCUAGAAGGAAGAAGAAUUCUAUGUCAUAG